AUGGCUACUGCAUCCRWUCAACGGYCUUGGUGGACGUAUGAYGUCUUUGUAAGUUUUAGAGGUGAAGAUAUCCGUAAAAGCUUUAUGGAUCAUCUAUUCAAAGAUUUAGAACAAAAAGGAAUUCAUGUGUUUAGAGAUGAUACGGAUCUCACCCUAGGCGAAAAGAUAUCUCCUAAUCUCGACAAAGUCAUUCAAGAAUCGAGGWUYCUGGUAGUCGYCUUCUCUAAAAAUUAUGCAUCUUCGUCAUGGUGUUUGAGGGAACUUGUAAAAAUCCUCGAAUGCAAGGAGGCGAGAGAGCACAAGCAWGAGGUUCGRGUGAUCUUCUAUGACGUCAAGCCUGAUGUGGUGAGGAAACAGACUGGGAGCUAUGCACAAGCUUUUGCCAAACAUGAGAUUUCAAAUAGAGCAGAGGUUGCUAAAUGGAAAGAAGCUUUAUCCAUGGCUGCCAACUUAUCUGGAUGGGAUCUCGAGGACAUGGCAAAUGGGUUUGAGUCCAAAUUCAUUGAUAGCAUCUCAAAAGAAAUCCUAAAAGCAUUAUCUCAUGAACCUUUGCAUGUCGGCCAGAACCUUGUAGGAGUGGAUGCCCGUAUAAAGAAAAUGAACUUGUCACGGUUUGUUCACUCAAACAAGGUUCACAUGAUUGGAAUAUGUGGUAUUGGUGGAAUAGGAAAGACCACUCUUGCCAAAGCCAUUUAUAACCUCAUGUAUAUCCACUUUGAGAAAUGUAGCUUUUUGGAUGAUGUCCAAGGAGCCACAAAACAACAUGGACUAACUCAUGUCCUAAUGCAACUUAUCAACGACAUCAUGAAAACAAUAGAUGUGAGGAUAUCCAGCAUUGGUCAAGGAAUUAUGGUAAUGAAACAGAGGAUGACAUCUAGACGGAUCCUACUUGUUGUAGAUGAUGUAGAUCAUCGUGAUCAGUUAGAAGCGCUAUCAGGUUCAUGUGAUUGGUUUUCCCCAGGAAGUUUGAUUAUUUUCACUAGUAAAGACAAGCAAUUGCUAAGGUCUCAUAAAGUGGAUGAAAUCUAUGACAUGGAGUUUCUCAAUUAUUUUGAAUCUUUUAAGCUCUUUAGUUUGUAUGCUUUUCAUGAAGAACAUCCUACUAAAGACUUUCAAGAAAUUGCUCUGCAAGUUGUGCGGUAUGUGAAAGGUCAUCCCCUUGCCCUCAAGGUCUUGGGAUCUUUUCUUUACGGAAAAACUGUGAAGGAGUGGAAAAGCGAAUCGGACGGGCUCCAAGUAUAUCCUAAUGAAGAGAUACAACGGGUGCUUCGAUUAAGUUUCGAUGCGUUAAGCCCUCAACAAAAAAACAUCUUCCUUGAUAUUGCAUCUUCAUUCAUUGGUGAAAAUAAAGAUGAUGCAACAACUAUACUAGAUGGUUGUAAUUAUCAUACAGAUACAAAUAUCAAAGUUUUAGUUGACAAGUCAUUACUUGUCGUUUCUCGCAAUGAUUUGCUUGAAAUGCAUGACUUGAUCCAAAAGAUGGCAAGGGAAAUUGUACGCAAAGAGUCCGACACCCCUGGGAAGCGAAGCAGGUUGUGGAUUUCAUCAGAGGUUUAUGAUGUAUUAAAUGAAAACGAGGGAACAGAAGCGGUUGAAGUCCUUCACCUUCUGGUAAAGGAAUAUUGUCUGAAGGUUCACAUUGAUGGUAAAGCUUUUGCACAAAUGAAGAAUUUGCGGAUCCUAAAAAUAUGUGAUGAAGAACUCAGACACCGUCGACAUGCAUUUGAUUGGAAGUUGUGGAAGGAAUCUAAGGUGAAUUACGAUGGGAAGUUGAAAUUUUUAUCAAAUAAGUUAAGUUUACUUUAUUGGCAUGGAUUCCCUUUCAAGUGCUUCCCUUCAGAUUUCUACCCAGAAAACAUUGUUGCCAUCGAUUUGUCUUACAGCCACAUCAAAAAUCUVUGGACAUCGCCUAAGUGUUUUGAAAGGUUGAAAGUGAUGAAUCUAAGGCAUUGUCGUAACCUAACAAGUACCCCCAAUUUCACAAGGAUCACAAAUCUCGAAAAACUCAUUCUUGAAGGUUGUGUGAAUUUGGUUAAAGUCCACCCAUCCCUUGGGAUGCUCAAGAAGCUUUUUGUUCUAAAUAUGAAAGAUUGCAAAUGUUUUAGGAGAUUCCCUUGCAAAGUCGAAAUGGAUUCUCUUGAAGUUGUGAAUCUCUCGGGUUGCUCAAAACUGGACAAACUUCCUGAAUUCUUUGGCACAAUCCAGACUUUGAAAGAGUUUUGUAUCGAUGGUACCGCCAUAACGGAACUUCCUUCUUUUGUAUUAUCUCAAAACAACCUUCAAGUAUUGGGAUUUGGUGGACAUGAGAAGAGGAUCUGGUCUAGAUGGUGGGGUUCAAUUUCUCAACCUCCAUGGUUUCCAAGGAAGAUGCAACAUCCGCAAAGUCUGACUUCCAUUUCAUUGUCAUCUCCUCUUCAUUUGCAGACUUCCAACACAGAAACUAGUUGGAUUUCUAGUGGAUGGCAGGAGGCAAAGAAUUUUUUUUACUUUUCGGUUGAACACGGUGAUGAUGUUGAGGUAAAAGAAUGUGGUUUUAGACUUGUUUUUGAUAAAGAUAUAGAAGAGAUGAAUUUCAGUCUCAUUCAGGAUCUCCCGACUCCAACACAAAAAGGUGGUGCCAUCGAAAUGUGGAGGAAUCAUCGACKUUUCUAUUGGUCGUGGUAG